AUGGUCGCAGGAAAAGACGUCACGUCCGACGACCUCUUCAACUGCGUCCUCGGCUGGGACCCAGAGCAUCCGAGCCAGACGCCAACCUUCCCACCAUGGCUGUCCGCCAGGAUCAAGGACCCCCAACCCCUGCCUUCCACCUUCUCCAGCGUGCAGAGGUACAAGGAAGCCAUCCUGCCCGUGUUCAUGCAAGAGGUCUGGUCCUCUGUAAUGGAGUGUGAGUCCGACCCGGCCGUCACCGUCGUGCUCGAAAAGAGCGUUCCAAACCGCAUCGACGCAUUCUUGACCGUCCGCCUGACGACUUCCCCUGGUCUGGACUUCUUUCUCUGCGGCUCCGAUAUUGUCACUCUGACUGAUGGUGAUGGGGCUGUCGUCUUUGCCCAGGUCAAGACAUACCACGAUAACCGCGUCUUGGCCAAGCUCCGCCUCCUCCGUAGCUCGGCUGACAGGCUUUCCGUCACGAAGGGCGACGAGUUGACCAUGCGCAAGCAGGCAAACCUCUCCACAAGCAUGCGCGAGCUUGAGGCCUUGGCCAAGAUGGACAAGAUGCCUCUGUGCAAUGACAUUCUCGUCGGACGCAGCACCAACAUCACCGUGCCGCAGAACAAGGUCCUUCAGGCCAUUCGCUCGUACAAGGUGAACGACCCGCAGGCGGUCGCCAUCGUCGGUGCUAUGGAUGCCAAGGGUUUUGUGCUGGUGCAAGGCCCACCGGGCACAGGAAAGACCACCACCAUUCGAGGCUUGGUUGGCAGCGCCCUGUCAGCCACCCCCAAGAAGAAGCUCCUCAUCUGCGCUCCAAGCAAUGCAGCUACCGACGAGGUCUGCAAGCGUCUUCUCAAAGGCGUCUUCCUCGACAACGGUACUCUUUACAAGCCCAACGUGGUUCGGGUUGGAGUGGAAACCUCGGUAGACGAUGCCGUCCAGCACAUCCACCUCGAUCAAAAGUUCAAGCUCAAAGUUACCGACGAAGUCCAGAGUGUGCGAGAUGCGUCGACAGCCGUAGAGGUGGCAACUGAGCGGCUCAACCGUCUCCUCGACCUGGAAGAGACUUACAACGAACUGCCGUCCGCCGAGGCCGAGCGCCGUACUGGCCAAACUGUGGCAGAGCUGGAAAUGACGUUCAAUCACCUUUUCCCUGCCGUCCGCGAGCAGCUAGAGAAUGACACGCAGGCCCUUGGCGACGCUCAAGAGAAACUGUCAACAACACGACAAGGUGCCCAGGACAAGAUCAUCAGAGAGGCCGACGUUGUGUGUGCAACCCUCUCGUCGUCUGGCCAUCGGUCGCUGUGGAAACACCGCUUCGACACUGUCAUCAUUGACGAGGCGGCGCAAGCGUCCGAGCCAAGCUGCCUGAUUCCGUUGAGAUACGGCUGCACGACGUGUAUCAUGAUCGGAGACCCAAACCAGCUGCCACCAACUGUUUUGAGUUUUGCAGCCCAGGACAACAAGUACGACCGCAGUCUCUUCGAGCGCCUUAGCCAACAGAAGUCUUCCAAUGUCCACCUGUUGAGCAUCCAAUACCGCAUGAACCCCACAAUCUCGCGUCUCCCCUCAGAACUCUUCUACGACGGCCGCUUGCAAGACUCGGCUGCUGUCCAGGUCAAGACUAUGGCUCCAUGGCACCAACAAGCUCCGUUCGGCCCGUACAUGUUCUUUGACGCCAGGGACGGCGACGAGCUCAAGGUCGGAACCUCCCACUGCAACCACCACGAGGCCCUGGCAGCCGUCAAUCUCUACAACAGCCUCCGCGACCGCUUUGGACCCAAGGACGUCGAGGUUGGCGUCAUCUCGAUGUACAAGGAACAGAUCACUGUGCUCCAGAGGGCAUUCUCAGACGCGUUCGGACCAGAGAUCUUGCACAAGAUUGACUUCAAGACCGUGGACGGCUUCCAGGGCCAGGAAAAGGAUGUUAUCAUCCUCUCUUGCGUUCGUACCACCCGUGUCGGCUUCCUCCGCGAUGUCCGCCGCAUGAACGUGUCUUUCACGCGCGCUCGUUGCUCGUUGUUCGUCCUCGGCCAUGUACCAACGCUCGAGAGCGAUGCCGUGUGGUGCCAGAUCGUCGCCGAUGCUCGCGACCGUGGACUCUUGAAGAGUCUCAACGCCAACACAUUCGCAGCAGCGAAGAUACCAUUGCAGCCCACCAAACAGCUGGGGUCCAACGGGUACGCUCGGCCAGCUCGUUGGCAAAAUGGGAACAGCUGGGAUACGCCUUCGUCGGACAACUCGAGCGAGCCUUCCAGCCUUGGGACCGGCAAAAACACAAAGUCGAACAAGAAGUCGAACAGGUCGAAGGGCCCCAAGGGCAAGGGUCAGAAGUGGGAGAACGCGCCUGGCGUCACCAUAACAUACGUCGAUCCAUCAGCCCCGGUAGACAACGGUGGAUGGUGA